GACGGUUCUGGAGGCGGGUCGCCGGCAGAGCGCCCCGGACAAGCUGCCGGACCUGAGCGAGCAGACGGACAGCUCGGACCCCAAGCUGAUGCCAAAGAGGUUCGGCAUCGCUGAUUUCUUCACCAGGAGCCUGUUUUCUAGGAAAUCCAAAGAGCCCAAGGCAACAUCCCACAAUGCACCAGGGUGGCGACUGUUCAGCAAGACAGCAGCCAGAGAGGGCGAUCCGAGUAAAGACCUGGCCUCCACGAUGACCGCACAGGAGGAGCAGGAGCAGGAGCAGGACUCGGGCGUGUCCCCGUGUCCUCAGCGCCCCCUGGCUGCAGGGAGGAGGAAGAAUCUGGAGUUUGAGCCUCUUUCCACCACAGCUCUCAUCCUGGAGGACCGGCCAGCGAAUCUGCCUGCCAAGUCCAUGGAGGAAACUCAGAGACACAAGCUGGAGUACGAGGAAAUGGUGGCAGGAGCCAAGAGGAGAGAACUGAAGGAAGCCCAGAAGAAGAAACGUCAGAUGAAGGAGCGCCACAGACAGGAGGACAGCAUCUCCAACGCCAUGGUCAUCUGGAACAACGAGAUCCUGCCACACUGGGACACCAUGAAGGGCACGAGGCGGGUCAGGGAGCUCUGGUGGCAAGGGCUGCCCCCCAGCGUCAGAGGGCGAGUGUGGAGCCUCGCCAUCGGCAACGAGCUGAACAUCACACCAGAGCUCUAUGAGAUCUUCCUGUCCAGAGCCAAAGAGAAGUGGAGGAGCUACAGUGAGACCAGUUCAGUCAACGACAGCGAGAGCGAUGGGGGGGCAUCUCUGGCAGACAGAGAAUCCAGUCUGGACCUCAUCAAACUGGACAUCUCCAGAACCUUCCCCUCUCUCUUCAUCUUUCAGAAGGGCGGUCCUUACCACGACCUGCUCCACAGCGUCCUGGGGGCGUACACCUGUUACAGACCUGACAUUGGAUAUGUCCAGGGAAUGUCGUUCAUCGCUGCUGUGCUGAUCCUCAACCUGGAGGAGGCCGAAGCCUUCAUCACCUUCGCCAACCUGCUCAACAAACCCUGUCAGAUGGCCUUCUUUAGAGUCGACCACGAGUUGAUGUUGAAGUAUUUCUCAGCCUUUGAGAUUUUCUUUGAGGAGAACCUGCCUCGUCUCUUCAGCCACUUCCAAACCAACAACCUGACCCCUGACCUCUAUCUGAUCGACUGGAUCUUCACUCUGUACAGUAAGUCCCUCCCUCUGGACGUGGCGUGUCGGGUGUGGGACGUCUUCUGUCGGGACGGGGAGGAGAGCCUGUUCCGGACGGGGCUGGGAAUCCUGCGUCUGUACGAGGACGUCCUGCUGCAGAUGGACUUCAUCCACAUCGCCCAGUUCCUCACCCGCCUGCCGGAGGACCUGCAGUCGCACACGCUGUUCAACGCCAUGGCCAACACUCACAUGAUCAGCAGGAACCGCCGCUGGGCUCAGGUGUUUUCUGCCUUGAUGAAGGAUGGAAAUAAAGAGAUGGAGAAAAACACCAGCCCGGCUUUGAGGAGCUAACACUAGCUAACCCUGACACUAAUUCCAGCUUUCUUCAAACUAACCUAAACGCCAGCCGCGAAGGUCGAAGCUCGUGCUAGCGCGCCUUGUCGGCACUGAAGCUAACAACCGAGGCUAGCUGUGAAGCUUGAAGCUGCGUAGCCUGAAGCUGAACUCCCUCCAGAGGCUUACCUACGGAGCUUGAAGCGCAGACGAGCCAGCCAUGAAGGUGGAAGCUGAUGUCGGAGCCUCAAACAGCCUGAGCAGAGGUUUUAGAGUCAAGUCUUCAGGUCCAGUCUGGGUAAGGGACAAGUCUCUCCAGCGUUUCCUGAAAGCUGUGUUGGGACCAGAGCGGGAAACAGAGCGGCUGGUCAGCGCUAGUCGUUGACAGCCAGUGUCAGUAUUUCAGCAGGCAGUCUGUUUCGGUGUCACCGUUUUAGCAGCCUGCCCCGGCUGGGAAACCCAAACGGGCUGUUAGCUAGAUAGUUGUCUGUUACUUCCUCUGCCGGCUGGGAGGGAGCUCCCUCCACAGCGCCUGACUCAGUCCUGUUGGGACACAAACACCACGAACGCCGAGCUUCACGCCCUGUGUCAGUCUCAAAGACUCCAGUUCUAAUCGUCGGUGCUAAUGAUUUUCUAAAGGCUUCAGAAAUGACCUCUGUGGUUCAAUUAUUAAUGUGGGUCCUUGUGGUUCUGAUUUCACAGAUACUCUUAAUUUGCUGCUUCUUUUUUAUUUUUUUUUAAAACUUGAACUGGGCCUCUGGAUCUAGAAGUGGUGGGUAUCUGCACCAGCAUGGCUGAUGCUGCUGGACUGGUGGCAGCUGGUGAACUGGACUUCAACCUCAUAGCUUUUAAAAAUCUUCAUCUAGUGGCAGAAAAACUCAAACAUGGGAGGUUUGGGUGGAAACUUAAAGGAUAAUUCCAGCAUUUUUAAACCUUUUAGGCCCCAAUCUUCCAUCAUUUUCCAUCUAAAUGAUUAAUAGAAUCCAGUACUGAACAAGAAGGCUUUAACAGACGUGUCAAACAGCUGACAUGUAAUCUGACAGGCCACUGUCUGCAUGUAAGUAAACGAGCUCUGAUUUUUCUGGAAGCCAGACAGCGUUAUGGAUCAGACUGCUACACCACGUGUGUGUUCAACAGAAGGCUGGUCUGCAGUCUUGAGGGAGUCGUAAGGCUCUGCAGCUACACAGUGAAGCACAGCGCUGGUCAGCACCGGGCUUCUGUGGCACCACCCACCUUCUGGGUUUGUUCAGCUGGAUCUGUGACACGGAAAAGACAUCAGAGGAGAUUGCUAUGACAACUGAACAACGACUCACUAGCAGAGUACUGGUGCUUACUACAAUACUAUGUACUACUGCAGUACUACAGUACUACAUACUACUACAGUACUAUGCAGUGCUGCAGUACUGGUGCUUACUACAGUAUUACAUACUACUACAGUACUACGUACUACUACAGUACUGGCGCAUCAGAAACAUAACACAUAAACAUUGUGUUUCACAGCAAACACAGCCAAGGUGUGUGUGAGGUCAGGUUAGGGUGUAGAGUCGACACAGAAGCAUAACUGAAGCUUUAAGGCCAGUGCAUGAUGUCCAUGUUAGACCCAUGCUAGGCCCAUGUGUGACCCAUGUUAGACCCAUGUGUGGCCCAUGUCUGGCCCGUGCUAGACCCAUGUUAGACCCAUGUUAGGCCCAUGCUAGGCCCAUGUGUGGCCCAUGCUAGGCCCAUGCUAGACCCAUGUCUGGCCCAUGCUAGGCCCAUGCUAGGCCCAUGUGUGACCCAUGUUAGACCCAUGUGUGGCCCAUGUCUGGCCCGUGCUAGGCCCAUGUUAGACCCAUGUGUGGCCCAUGUGUGGCCCAUGUGUGGCCCAUGUCUGGCCCAUGUCUGGCCCAUGUGUGGCCCAUGUGUGGCCCAUGUUAGGCCCAUGCUAGGCCCAUGUGUGGCCCGUGUUAGACCCAUGUGUGACCCAUGUGUGGCCCAUGUCUGACCCAUGCUAGGCCCAUGUGUGGCCCAUGUGUGGCCCGUGUUAGACCCAUGUGUGACCCAUGUGUGGCCCAUGUGUGACCCAUGUGUGACCCAUGUCUGGCCCAUGCUAGGCCCAUGCUAGGCCCAUGUGUGACCCAUGUGUGGCCCAUGUGUGGCCCGUGUUAGACCCAUGUUAGACCCAUGUGUGACCCAUGUGUGGCCCAUGUGUGGCCCAUGCUAGACCCAUGUUAGACCCAUGCUAGGCCCAUGUCUGGCCCAUGUGUGGCCCGUGUUAGACCCAUGUGUGGCCCAUGUGGACGUUGAGGAGGAGCCGGCAGGUGCACAUGCGACUGUUCAGGUAUGCAGCUGGUCCACUAACAGAAAGCACACAGGCCUCCCAUGGGUGCUUCUGUUGAGGUCUCUGGCUGCUGCUGCGUACAGGUCAGGCUCCAGAACUGUGUGGAGGACAGGAUACCUGGACAUUUGAGAACCUAAAUCCAUGGUGUUUGGACUGUAUCGAUGGCUGGGAAUCCCCUCGUACAGCCUCUCCUCAUUACGAGCGCUUGGUUUCCUGCCAUUGACGCCGUGGCCACACUCUCAGACUCCUGUGGCAGACGUCACAUGGUCCCUUGUGGCCAUGAAUGUGGCCGUAGAGAAAGCUGACCAGGGAGGAGUGGAGGCAGAUAAUGCCUACUGUUCUGUUCAACAGACAGUGGCUCGUGUUUGUGCAUUUGCCAACAAAAUAAAAGCCUCGGUGAAGCGUUCCCAGGCUGGCUUUGGGCAGCGGGACCUGAAGCUGUGGCUGGUUGUGCUUCAAACAGAUGAAGACAUGACUGGCAGUCCAACGGGGAAGAAAAGAGCUCCACCUUCAUCCAUCCAUCCAUUAUCUAUACACCGCUUUAUCCUCACCAGGGUCAUGGGGGGCGGAGUCUAUCCCAGC